GUAUAGAGGCAAAUUCUUUGAAAUCGUGAGAUCUGAGAACGCGGACUGGAGCAGAGAUGAAAGCCGAAAUCUCUUGCGGUCAAUGAUGAUGACAGCCAGUGAUGUGGCAGCCAUCACCAAACCUUGGGAGAUUCAAAGAAAGGUGGCGUGGUUGGUAGCCAGCGAGUUCUUUGAGCAAGGAGAUAUAGAGAAGGAGACGCUAAACCUCAAACCAAUUGCAAUGAUGGAUCGGGAGCAGAUCGACAAACUGCCAGACCUUCAAGUCGGCUUCAUCGAUGACAUUUGCAUGCCUGUCUACGACGCAAUCAGCAAAGUUUCCUCGAAGCUGAGCCCUCUGUUGGAAGGAUGUCAACAGAACCGCGAGAACUGGCAGAUGGAAGCGAGGGCGGCGAACAAGAGACUGGAAGAGCAACGAGUGGAAAACGCAGACAAGGAUAAGGAGGAGGAUGAGAAGAAAGAGAAACACAACAGCAGCAGCAGCAGCAACAGCAAUGAAAAGAUUUGUGCGAAAAGUUCGAGAGACAAUGUGAAAGAGAAAGAGGACGAUGACGAGAUGGAGCUGGAGGAAGAUGAGGACACGGUUGUGGAGAAUGUGAGUUUUACCGUGAUACCGUUGGACGUCUCGGUCAAAGACGGUAACGAGGACGCCUCGCCUAGUCCAGAGCUACACAGAAAUGUAUUACGGUACAAAGAAAAGCGCGGGGAUGAGACACCGGCUAUGUCAGACAGUGGGGAUGAGGUGAACAACGGCGCUCACGAAGACCGACUGCUUUUAUUAAGUAAAAGUAAAAACAACCAAUCAGACGUGGAGAAAUGGAAGCACUCGGGAGACGGCGAUCAGACGUCAUCAAAGCACGAUGGAGGAGGAGGAGGGGGAGGAGGAGGGAUGAGAAUUUUUGGUAGAGGUUGUGGGGGAAGAAGUUCUAGCAAAGGCAGCAGUGGCAAAAAACGAGCAUUCUCAGGGCGGGAAAGGUCACGGGGCAGAGAGGAAGACAAGUCGAGCACAUCUUGACAAUUACUGCCCCGAGGUUGCCAGGUUUUGUAGAAAUUUGUUUGCUAUUCAUUACUGAGAACAAACCAUUGCUAUUAUUAAAAAGUUCCGUAUUCUUAGACCAGUCGCAUUUAAUUUUGAUGGCUUUUUUUUUCUACCUGGGCUUCAGAAAUUUUGUGCAACGAAUUAUUAUAUCAUCAGGCAAAUGUCUCAAAUAAUAUUCUGCCUUUUAAAAAAAUUAGUAUGUGUUGUAAGAUCUUGAUAUCACAUAGAUGCUAGAUCUAGUUGAAUUUUUAGAAAUAAUUUACAUCAAUUUUAUCUUUAAUAUGCAUGUCUUAUGUACAUGUGCCUCAGGUAGAUAUAAUACAUAUUUAUAAGACUCCAAAUUGACUUUGCUAAGACAUAUCAUGGUACUUUUAAAAUAAAUUUCUGCCAUGACCUUUUAUCAUUCUUUAUCCUAUGCCUGAUUUGUUCUCAGUUGAUGGCGUCGUAAACACAGUUGGUGAUGGCUAGAGUUGUGCGUCUGGUAAAGAUGGUUAUUUUUUUAUUUUCAUGUUUCAAUACCAUUAGGCUACUUACUGUAAGUUACAGCUUCCUUGAUUUGCAAACUGAUUUUUUUUUUUCAUUUUACAUUUUUUUUUCUGUCUAACACUGAUUUGUAUAGUAGAAGCAAAAGAUCACAUUACCUACCCAAACCUCAACCAAACCUGCCUCAACUUUUAUGAACAUGAAGUUAGUGUAUCUUUAAUUAAUUAAGUCAGAACAACAUGCCUAUAGAUUUUGAUUCACAUCGCAAUGAAGGUUCCAUACCAAAGGAUGGAGCAAGAUCUUUAUAAUAUAAGAUUUAUAAUUCAAUUCAGUCCAUGCUUGUAAGAACUGUCCCCGUAGUUUUAUGCAAGAAAAGUUCUGAAAUUAUGCCCAAAAAUUGGAAAUUAUGCGAUUCUGUUAAUUUUAACAAAGAAUGAUAAAGGAAAAUAAUCAGAAAUUCUGCAAAAAAUUAUCCAAUUUUGCUAAAUUAUGCGGGGUGCAUAAAACCAUGGGGACAGUAAGAAGAAGAAGAAAAAAAGAGUGUUGAAAGGUAGUGAGAGCAAAUGUAAGGUGUGGCAGACCUGAUCUCUCUUGUGCAAUUGAUUUAAUUAAGUACGUUGUAAAUGACAGAUAUUUCACAAGAUUUCAUUUUAGUUCAA